UGGUGUUGUGCGAGUUUGGAUGCAGCCGUAGGUAUGCUAAACGACCCAAAUUGCUCAAGUUUGUUAGGUUAAAACUUGUUCAAAAUCACUUUGUUUCAUUAAAUAAAGCAUCUCUCAACAUUCUUUUGAAACUCGAGCUCUAUCAAGCUCGAAUGGGUUAUUGAGCUUGCGGUUGCAUUAAAACCUCUGUUUCACAACCCCCCCACCCCACCAUAAAAUGGGCUAGGCUUUUGCAUGAAAUGCCAUCUACUAUCCUGAAUUCCGAAAUUGUGCCCAACACAUGAUUGCAUUUUUUCUUUCAGUUAUUGUUGGGCGAAAUAUUUUUGCAUUUUUUCUUUCAGUUAUUGUUGGGCGAAAUAUUUUUCCGGGUGAGUACUGCUGAGGAAAAAUAGCAGAGGAGGAGAUGAGUAACAGCUCACUGUCAUCGUCGCCGGCUCGCUCCUCGAUUUCGACCACCGCAAUAGCAGGGGCAAACGUGUCCUCAGCUCUCACCGUCGACGAAUUCCCCUUCCCACCAGAUCUCAUCUCCAUCCAAGAUCGAAAGGACGAGGCGCUUCAGGUUCUGAAGACUGAUUUGAUGGCUGCACUCAACAAGGAGGUUAAAUCCUUGGAUGAAGAUAGUUGGAUGUUUGAUGGACCUCGGUCCCGUAUUAACCUUAUAUCACGACCAGGUGGUGUUUUCCAUAAUCGUGCGGAUAUAACAAAGCAUCAUAAAUUUGCCCCUUCGAGAUGAUUGGGAAUUCUUAAACCGACUGUGCAGCAUGCAUACUCUGCGAGCUAUUAAGAGCUGUUUCUUUUAAACAUCCAUGAUACUAUCUUAGAGGUUUCUGUUUUAGGGAUGGAGGCAUCCGGUCUACUCUAAAACUGAACAUGUAUUUAUGUGUAUUGUGAUUGGCACCACACAUUUAUAUGAGAAUUUUGACAAUUCUAGUGAUUUGAGGAUCUUAAAAGAUUGAAACUUUUAA